AUACACUUAAAGUAUGUGCCUGAUCACUUAUUCAAUACACCGGAGGAAAAGAAAAUGUAGAAAAGGGAAAUAAUGAUAGUACGGGGCAAACAAUAUUCUUAAAAAUUUAGUUUCAGUCCUUUCUACUUUGAUGAUUAUUUUCUUCCUUUUCAAAUUCUCUUACUCUGCAUUUUCAAAAUCAUAUAGAAGGUCUCUCUUAAGCUUGGUUUUCAAAUCCCACCCUAUGGCUUCCGAGCUAUCCACAUCAAUUAUAGACUCUCAAUCCUUGCUUGUUUCACCCUACACGAAGUAGAUACAUUUUUCCCAGGUUGUAGAAUAAAAUGGAUAAAUUAGGAACAACAGAAAAUGAUUCCAUUGUUAAAGACCUUCUCAUGAAGUGAUUCGACCCUCUAGAUGGUUUUAGUUCCAUCAACCUCGUCAAAAGGGCAGGCAGUUUUUGAAAAGUAUAAGGCUAGUUGUUACAAAAACAGUGGAGUGAAGGAAUUUAGGCUAAUAAAAUAAGAGUGGAAGGGUGUGUAGUGUGUUGUGAUGAUGCCUGGAAUAAUUUGAAAAAUAAAGAGGUUGUGAUGAUUGAUUUCAUAUGUUUUAUUUUAUUUUGAUUACCAAAAUUAAGGAAGUAAUACGUACCUUGGCAUGGUUAUCUGCCCAGCCAGAAGCAGCCAUGGCGUUAACUUAUCUCCUUUAUAGUAGAUUUCUGAGCCUCUUUAUAGUUGCUUUGAAAUGGGCAUUAUCCAGGAAUUUCAUAUUGCUCUUCUCAGCCUUGAAAUGGCCUUUGAAAUGGCAUUAUCCUGAAAUGUGUACAAGCAAGUCCAUGUGAGAAUUCUGAAGAUUCAAAGAAUAUAAAUUGGGGCACUCCAAGGUUCAUUCUGGCAUGAUGUUACCAUAUGGGGGCGGUGGCAGUUCAAUUGUUAGUACAUUUGUGAAGUACUUGCUUGGUUUUAUACAGUAGAUGAGAUGCCAUGUACUAAAAUUUAGAAUGUGGGUAUAUUUUUGUUUUGUCUUGAAGUGAUUGUAUAUGUUUUUGGAGUAAGAUUUAAUGUGAUGCUGCCACGUGUACGAAUUUAUUAUUAGCCAUUGGAUCCAGA